AUGACUUGCAACAGAUAUAAAGAACUCGAAGGUGUAGGAAAGGACAUAAUCGAUGUCACCACGAAACUGUACAGCAUCAAAACUUUUGAUGAAGAUGCAAUUAACAACCUUUAUCAAGAUAUCAAAAGGAAAUUGAUUGACACGAAGAUAUUCUCGCCAGUCAAGAUCCUUCAAGCAAUUGAAAAGGCAGGCACAAGCAGAAAUAAGUAUUUUCAAACUUAUUUGCAACUUUUCAAAAUGGUGUAUGUAGAAUAUCACCCAGAACAAAUGAAAGACGCAUCUGCUGCAUUCAUUUACUAUCUAUACAAAGAAUACGGUAUGUUGGCAUUUGAUUCGACAUUUGAGCAGCUUAGAAAUAUAGAUUCACAGAAAUUAGGCUUGGAAGUUCAUGAAAAUAAUACCAUUUACAAAGCAAUCGUGAAUGAUGACAUAGUAUCAUUUAUUAACUUUACGGAGACAGAUGGAUUUGAUGAAAAUCAAAGACUUUUAAGUGUACUUUAUCCAGUUUCAAAUUCUGGAUAUUCAUUACUUGAACUAUGCUCAUAUCAUGGAUCUGUUAACUGCUUCAAGUUAUUGAGGACUAAAUUCAAAUCAGAAAUCACUAAUAAAUGUCUUCACUUUUCAUUUUUAAGCGGAAAUCCAGACAUCAUGAGUGAAUGCCUGAAAGUAGUUCAACCAGACAAAGCAUGCAUGGAUUAUGCACUCAUUUCACACAACAUUGAUUUCGUUACUUUUUUAAUGAAUACAUACAAUGUCGAACUUGAAGGAAAAAUGUGCGCGGUAUAUCAUAAUCUUCAAGCAUUCUUUGUAUUGUUAGAUCAAACUACGGAUAUCAAUUCUUGCUUUAUUAAAUCUUCAUCAUUCAAUAUUCCAUCAAUUUGUGAAUACUUCCUUUCACGUGGUGCAGAUAUCAAUGCAAGAAGUGUUGAUAAGUUCCGUUUCACUGCUCUUCAUAAUGCAAUUGAAUAUGACAAUCUUCGAACAGCUGAAUUCCUUCUUUCACGUGGCAUUGAUAUCAAUGCACAAGCGGUAAAUGGACUUAAUGCUCUUAUAUUUUCGGCCCUAUUCUCCAGCAAAGAGUCGGUUGAAUUUCUUAUUUCACAUGGCAUCGAUACCAAAGCAAGAUCAUUAGAAGGAAAUGAUGCAAUCCAGUUGGCAUCAAUGGGAAAUAAUAUAGAAAUUGUCAAAUAUCUUUUGUCCAAAGGCUUUGAUAUUAAUUCAAGAAAUAAAGAGGGAAUUACCCCAUUUCACACAGCAAUACUGUUCAAUAGUAUGAAUGUGGCAGAAUACCUUCUUUCCGCUGGUGCAGAUGUAAAUAUCAAAGAUUAUUAUGAUGCAACACCACUUCAUAUUGCAGCACAAAAGAAUAAUAUUACCAUGAUUGAGUUUCUUAUAAACCAUGGCGCUAACAUUAAAGCUCUUGAUAAUCAUAAUAGAACUCCACUUCAUUCUGCAGCAGAAACAUGCAGUAUUGAAGCUUUAGAUCUUCUCCUUUCCCAUGGCUUAGAUGUUAAUGCAAAAGAUGAUAUUGGUUAUACAAUUCUUAAUUACUCGACAGAGAGCAACAGUAUUGAAUUAGCCGAAUUUGCCAUUAACCAUGGUGCAGAUAUUAAUUCCAGAGCUAAUGAAGGGACAACACCUCUUAUGGAUGCCGCCCUUAGAAGAAGUCUACAGAUUGCCCAGAUCCUUAUUGCAAAAGGUGCUGAUGUUAAUGCUAAAGACAAGCUUGGAGGUACAGCUCUUCAUUAUGCGGCAUUGGGAGGCAGUCAUCAAAUUUAUAAUCUUCUUAUUGCUCAUGGUGCAGACGUCAAUGCAAAGGAUAUUCGAAAUAUUACAGCAUCUGACAUUUUAAGAACUCGCAAUCCAUCUAAGCCGAAUUUCAAUGAUUUGCAGAGAUGCAGAAUAUAA